CGCAUACCGCCUGAACAGGAAGCGCUUAUUUAACAACGAUAUAGUGUACACGCAUCCAAUUACGUUGAUGUGGUUGCACCCCAGCCUUUCUCAGUUUGGCUUUACGCCGUCGAGACGACAUUCAACCUCGGAGUGAUCGGUACCGGCAGUGGUUCGCGAAUGUCCCCGGCAAUUCGGGAGUGAAAUGCUCGGCUUAGCUUUCGAGGCUCCAAACUUCUGAAAUUCACCCCGAAAAGAUGGUAACGACUCUAGGCGUAAUUUCCACCCUGAUUGUCCUCGGGUGCGGAGCGUAUGCAGAAGUCAUCAGCGACCCCGCGUUUUGCAGCAGGACAAAGUGCAUUGCCCCGGCCGAGGUGAAGUUCAAGUACCAGAAAGACUUAGUGUACAAGUACAAGUACAAUGUCGACGUCAGUACGAACAUGGGCGAACAAGAGGGUUCCGGGAAAGGCCGGAACGAGUCCACCCUCCACGUCGAUGCUAUGGUGUCUUUACACUUUUCAAGUCCCUGUGAAGGGUUCCUGAGGUUAAAGGAUGUCAGCGUUAGUCACAACCGAUCGUCGUACAACCCGGAAUUCCCAGACAGAGCUGGGGCAGAAUUUAAAGCGAGUGUCGAGGAGUUCAUCCUCAGGUUCGCCUUCCACGAUGGUCAAGUGCAAGAGCUGUGCCCACACCCCAAAGAGCCCAUAUGGUCCUUGAACCUGAAGCGUGGAGUCCUGUCGAUGUUCCAGAACACCAUGAAGAGGUUCGACGUGGACAGGAAAGUCGAGGAACUGGAUGUGAAUGGUAUAUGCGAGACCCAGUACAAGCUUCACCAAGCCAGGAGGACCAGCCUCAUCAUAAGGAAGUCGAAGGACAUCCGAAGUUGCGUAUAUCGGAACAAGCACUUGUCUCUGUUACAGUCCACAGCUUACAGGAGCAUCCUCUCGCAGUCCUCUAAACCGUUUCAGCAGCCAUUGAUGAAGUCUAAGAGCGAAUGUGAAAUUAUUAUAGACCAUAACGUGUACGAGAGAGUGGUGUGUACGGACUCGCACAUGUUGAUUCCUUUGUCCAAUGGGGUGAAGGCCGGUGCCCAAACGGACACCAGGGCUGUGCUCCAGCUUAUGGAAGAGUCUCCGGAAAUCUUCGAUGAAAGUGACACGAAGCUCACUCACGGGAAAAGGACCAAUUUAUUAUACGAUCAUGCCAGUACUCCGAAGCCCACUCACGGGGAACUUAGAGCGGCUAGAGACCUGGUUAAAAGCAUGUGCACCCUGGGGGCUGCAGAAGAAAUGCAGGAGCGCUUCUCGGAGAUGUUCACCAAGUUCAUACACUCGGCGAGGGUAUUGAACUAUCCAUCACUCUCGCAGUUGUUUUCCAGAGCGAACGGGGUCUGCAAAAACGGAAGAAAACACAUUCUGAAUGCGCUACCAUUCAUCGGCAGCAAUGCUGCGGUGAAUGUGAUGAAGGAUCUGAUUAUCAAGAGAUACGUGAACAAAGAAAAGGCUAACGACUGGGUCACGGCAUUCGCUCUGAUCCCAAGGCCUGAUCGUGAGACUUUACUGGCUCUGGCACCGCUCCUGGACUUCCAAUACGAAAUACCGGAUGCUCAGUUCAUUCUCAGCUAUUCCGCCGUCAUCCACGGAUAUUGUAGCUAUGGCGAUCGAGAUUGUCUGCAACUGGAACCGGUCCAGAAGUUCAUCGAGGACUUGGAACGAAAAUUGGACCGUGGAUGCGCCCCGCAAAGCCACACUCUAUCCAUCAUCAAACAGACUUUGGAGGCACUUAAAGCAAUCGGCAACAUGGGCAUUGAAACGGAAUCGUUGCUGAAGAAAUUGAAAGGGUGCAUCGAUGGCGUCGGUGGCUUCCUGCCGAUGGAAUUACGCGUUGCAGCAAUAGAUGCUCAUCGCAGAUUACCAUCCUGCGAAAAGACGAGAGACAGCUUCUUUCUGGACUAUUACAGAAACUAUACAUUAGAUACGGAAAUACGAAUCGCUUCGUACUUGCAAGUGAUGCGUUGCCCUAAUUAUAACGUCAUCAAAAUCAUCAAGCGUACGCUCCAGGAGGAGGAAGUGAAUCAGGUCGGCUCUUUUGUCUGGAGUUAUUUGACGAAUAUAUUGAGCUCUGCGUCGCCCACCAGGAUUGAGGUGCAAAGCCUUUUGACGGACAAAGACCUCGGCAAUAAAUUCAACAGCGACAUGCGAAAGUUUUCGCGGAACUAUGACAAUUCCUUUUUCUCCGACGAGUACAACAUCGGUGCUAAUUACCAAGGCAACUUGAUUUUUUCGCCGAAAUCUUAUAUACCCCGGUCGGCCGUGUUCAAUUUCACGAUGGACCUGUUCGGAGAGUCAGUGAAUUUGUUUGAAGUAGGAGCUUGGAUGGAAGGCUUGGAAUUCUAUGCAGAAAGCCUCUUCGGCCCCGAGGGUCCAUUUAGCGAGGAAAAGGUUGGGAAUCACCUGAGCCAGCUUCUCCGACGAUUUAGGUCUGUUCCCGAGAACGAUCCAAGAUACUGGGAACGAGUUAAACGUUUGCCGAACGUGAUCGAUAACAAUUUCGAUCACCCACGUAUCGGUUUUGGCUUUAAGAUCUUUGGCAACGAGCUUAAAUACACCAUGUUAAAUGGCGACGCUGAAAUAAGGUCCGCUUUGACUUCUUUGAAUCCAUGGGAGAAGGUAAAGCAGAUCCUCUCAGGGAAAGAAAUUCACUACGAGAACACUGCCAUGUUCAUGGACACGUCUUAUGUCGUUCCGACCACUGUAGGCCUUCCCAUUCGAUUAGACUUAGGUGGAUCUGCGGCGUGCAACUUUAAAUUGUCCGGUCUGCUUGACAGUAAAAAUCUAAUAAACAACGGCGAGAUGGAACUCGCGGGUAACAUCAUGCCAAGUGUGAGCGUCGACAUAACUGGAACCAUGAUGGUUGAUGCUUUUUACAAGAGUGCCGGUAUCAAGUUGAGAUCGAAUAUCUACAGCUCCGGUGCCGUACAAGUUCACUUGGUCGUACAGGGAACUCGUCUGGUUCGACUGAGUUUGGGUUUGCCAAACCAGAAGAUAGAGGUAUUCUCGAUCCUUACCGAUGUACUUCUGGUGAGCCACAAUGGUGCCGAAACUAAAGAACACGGUGUGGGAGUGCUCAUCGCUAGUGAGGGUAAAAGAAAUCUUCGACAACGUAUCGGCAGCGUAAUCAGCAACACAACUUGUAGCUGGCAUUCCUUGGAUAGACUGAUUGGUCUUAAGCUCUGUACCGAGUACCAAUUUCCGAAUGUGACGAAAAAUCCUAAUGCCUCGUACUUUAUCUUGAACGGGCCAACGCUUUUUAAGAUCUCCAUGAUCAAGGCCGAUCCCACUGCCAGGAGUUAUCUCUUAGAAUAUAAAUGGGAAAAGACUGUGAACGAGAGCGUCAUAAAGGUGGCCUUCGAUACACCAGGUUCCGAGCUGAAGAGGGAACUGAGCGCCACGGUGUCUUUCGAUGUCAAGAGCAGAAAUGUCACAGUGCUACUUCAGUCAGCUGGAAAUUCGUUAAUUGCCAAAGGAACGUACAAGAAAUCGGAGAACGAGACCCUGAUUGACGUAGGCUUAGACAUAAAUGGCACAAAACAUUUGGAUGCUCGAGUUGGAUAUUCAAAGAAAAACGGAAAUUAUGGUUUUACAUAUUCGCCAAAAUUGUAUUUAGCUAUUAAUAGCGAAAGGAUAGCUGAACUUUCAGGUACUAUAAGGAAUGCCCAGAAGAACAACGUGUCACAGUGUGACAUUGACCUAGGAUUCCAGACUAAGAAACUUCGAAGUCGUGUUCAGGGGUACAUCCUGAAAAGGAACGUUAGUUUGUCCGGAAAUGUUAAGCUGGAAUAUCAAUUGCAAGGGAUGCCAAAAAGAGAGACUCUUCAGUUAGAAGCCUCAUUGAUAAAUCGAUCCUCGAAGACGCUGACGCACAAGGCAGCAAAUUUCAGACUUCAGUCCACAGCAUACCCUCAGUUAAAUGUAGUCAUUUCUUCAUGGUACCAACAAGCAUUGGGCCAUUUGGAACUCCACGCCGAGGUCAAUUCCAGUCCGCAUCUCCGGGACGACCGUCACAAACUUACGGCACAAUUUGUUGUAACUUAUUCCAAAGCAUACUUCCAAAAUCAAGGAGCGAAAAUCAGUGCUUGGGUUGCAGUUACAAAGCCUAUUCAGAACCUAGACAUUAAAGUAGGGGUUAAUCACUUCUCCCUUGGUCCUGAGUCUAAAACGCAUCUGUUAAUUCGCUACGCACCAGGCAAAGAGAUCGUCCUUAUCGUAGGUACCGUCAUGCCCCGAGGAACCAUGUUCUCCAUAGAAGGUCACGCAAAUUUGACCAUCCCCAACUUUAGCUCCAUGAUAAUAGACGCAAGAGUGCACGAGAAAGCUCGAAAGGAAUACGAGCUAGAUUUUGCAGGGACCUGGUUCAGUGGACACAAUGUCACGAUUCGAGGAACUUAUUCCGAUAGAUCGUCGGCAGCUAUAGUAAACCACGUGCUAAAGCUUCUCCUGAAGUCGCCAAGUUUUACCAAAGACGUAAUCGUGAAUUGCAAGUUGUACAACGAUGCAAGCGAUUUGAAGAUCGACUUGUACAUGGAGCAAUUGGAUAUGGAUAAAUAUGCACUGGUGUUGAAACACACUACGAUCUCACCGACUCGGUUGGUCACUUAUUUAGAGGGAAGAUAUAAGAACAGCUUGUACACGAUUAUGACUAACAUUGACUUGCAACGAGAAGCGCGGGCUGAGAUUCAUUUGGACAGUUGGAGGGAUGUACAUUUGAUAGUCAGAGGUAUCAAUGAAGCAACGAAGAAAGAAUUCGGGUUGGAGGUAAAGUGGGACGCCAAUCGCGAUCCUGCCCUGAAAUUUGCCACGGCCCUUCAGCUUUUCAAAUUCGCUGCCGAAGGUAGCAAUGCUAAGAAUGUCAGCGCAAUCUUUUCAGUGACUUAUCCUGGACGUUUGGUAACGGGCUCCUGUUUACUCGCCAUUCGUGGUCGCAAUAAUUACGUUUCCGACUUUCGAUUGGACUGGAGCCCUGAACACAUGGUUCAGUUUACUAUCGACGUCGACUACAACAUGGAAGCUUGGGAGAAGUCCUUUAAGCUUGAAUCCCAAUUGCUUACUCCUUUCGAACAGUGGAAAAGAACUUCGUUAAAUACAAGGCUACUUCAAGAUGAGCGGCAGUUUAUAGGAAACGGUAGUGUUUACUGGCAAGACUCGCACCACAUAAUCCUGGACUUCUCAGGAAAAAUCAAGGAAGAAAUAGAUAAUCUUGAGUGGAACGGUGAUUUUAGAUUAGUCAGUACUGUGCACAGUAUAAAAUGGAUUACAGCGAACGUGACUCAUAAGCAAAGCAAUAAAAGCAUGGAUUCUCAUUUGGUGAUUAAGUAUUAUCCUGACAAGAUAGUGGAUGCGAGAAGCCUGUGGAUUUUGCAUAAGGAAGCCCACGAUAUCUUCAACCUUACUGGAACCGUGAAUCUUGUCUCGCCUUUGGUCAACUACCGGAAAGGGGAGAUGAAAUGCUAUCUGUGCAUGAAACCCAACUGGAAAUUUCAAGGAGCAGCUAAUAUCGAUAUCGACCGGCGAAAAUAUACCGCGAAUUUAAUAGGCGAUCUAACUAAGUUCAAGGAGUCCAUGCUUCAACUAAAUGUCACUACACCUCUGGAGCGUUAUGCGUUUUUGAGAGGGAGAUUUGGAUUUUCAGAGAGCGAAAGGCAUCUCGUAGCUGAAGUAGUUAGUCCCUCUGGGCCCUUAGGUUUCGAGGCAAUUUUUCAGCUAUUUACGACCUCUCCUGAUUUCCACGUCAAGUUACUUUUGGCUACUCCAAUCGACGUGCUGCAGCGUUCCUUGUUGGUCGCUAAAUUGAACAAACGAGAAGCAGAUUUUCGAGUUGCAUAUAACAAUAUCACUGCAGGGUUCCAGGGUGUCUGGCAUUACGAGAACAUCACCGAUUUUCAUUACAGUUAUAUAUUAUAUACGCCACUCCAUGGACUUCACGAAAGUGGGAUCGUUACAAAGCUUAUUGUAACAUGGGUUGAACCUUUAGGGAGACUGGAUCUAGAUACCGAGUUCUCCCUCAGAUUGGUGCAGAAGAAAGUUGGAUUCAAAGCAAAAGGUGGCCCUAAACCUCCACCCGUUCAUAUUCCAGUGAAGAAUAUUAAAGUCAUUGUCGAAGAAAAUAGCGAAGAUUAUUCAAUGGAAGAUGAAGAGGACAAUGAAGAGAACUUGUACUGGCGAGGGGACUUAGAGCUGUAUGCUGCUGUAAUAGAGCCCAUUAUCGGUCAUUUAGAUAUUGAUGAAGAUGAUUCCACGUACAAGAUCAUAGGUGUUCUGAAAUUACCUCAAGGAACUAUCAAAUUGGAUGAUCAAUUUUUCAUAGAUAAUGUGUUCAACAUGAAAAAUGACUUGAGCAUCGAAACUCCAUUUGAAUAUGCCUCCGAAAUUACCUCACAGUACGCUUUUAAUAUUGACUUGGAACGUUCGAUGUAUCUAAUCGAGGAUGUAAGAAUAAAGAAAUAUUCUGAAUGGGUAGAGGCUGGCUUAAAUAUCAAUUACACGCUUCAAAAAGGUGAACUCGAUGAUUCGAGAGCGCACAUGGUAAUAGUCAACGUAAAGACUCCUCUAAGCCUCUUAAAAUAUAUAAACACGAAGACUGUAAUAGAGGUUGAUGAAAAUUAUUAUGUAGUGCGAGUUGAUGUGCAGGCACAAAAUUGUUCCGCGUCGUUUGGAGGAUCACUUGAGAUGGACGAAGGAUUUCUAGCCUCUACAGUAAUGGCAAAAGUAGACAGUCCAUUAAUCACUGUACCGAGAACAAAAGUCGUUAUCAAGAAAGAUUUAACGGAUAAAGAAAAGCGUAUGGAAUUCAGUUUAAUUACCGCAGAAGCCAUUCCAAAACUUAUAAACCUACAUGUAACGUGGCACGUGGAAGAACAGAAUUACGUGAAAAUCUCCGUUGCUCUGGAAACGUGGAUCGAAUCGUUGAAGAGCUUAGAAGCCGACGUUCUCUUCGAGGAUACAGUUACAAAGAACGACACCGCUAAAUUAAAUCUGAGCUUGAAAUGCCACCCAGAACAAGAAUACAGUUUAAUCGGCAACUACAGAAGCGGAUCGAUAAACGUUCACUUGAAUACCCCGUUGCGAUUAAAUGAACAUCUAAAAAUCAACGCCUUAGUCAUUCGGGAAGAUGACGACACGUACAAAAUAGAGGGUAACAUGAUAAACGAAGAGACCGCAGCUGUUCACAAGGUAAAAGGUACUUUGAAGUUGCACGAUCAGACGUUCUCCAGUUUAGAAACUCAAUUCGACCCAACGGAAGUUGACGCUUCACCGAACGACAGAAUAACGUUGAAAGUAAGACGCGAACCAAAUGGAAUUGUUUUGGAGAUGAAUAGCGGUUUCCUUAACACCUCGGCGAUUUUCGACUACGCAAACCCCGUGAAUUGGUAUACUGGCAUUAAGGCUGUAGCUUUGAAGGAUGAUAAUGAGCUUAUCUACGAACUAGAAACAUUCAUGAUCGUACAGACCAACGGCAAUACUACCGUUCACCUUUACGGGGUGACACCCUGGGAGGACCUGGAGAGAGUGACUUUAACCGGGAACAUGCUGCUGGGCAACGUGUCAGGGAAUGUUAAAGCAGAGUACGAACUAAACGACGACGCUUAUUGCGUUGAUUUUCUUUGGAAGCUGAACUAUAUGGUCGACAUGUUAGGACGGAUAACGGCGAUCUAUACGAGCGAGGAUAUCGAGAGUAAGCACAUCGAUGCGUUGAUUUUCUUCAAAAAUCCUGCACGGUCCUUCAGAAGUAUCGAUUCCGGGUUCGACGUGAUCGUGGACCGAGAGACGUGGAGACUAGCUACAAAUGCAUCGAUUGGUUUCCACGAUAAGGAAAACAUCGAUGCUGUUGUCACCGUUAGAUUGCCACCCCCAGAUAACGAUAGCCACAGACUACUCUUCAGUUAUCAUGCCAUUGACGGGCUGCACAAUGCAUCCUAUGUAAUUGGGUAUAAUGCCUUAAAUGCGCAGACUAAUUACGCAUCGGACGGAUCAAUACGAAUGGCUGCAAGAGACAUCGAUGGCCAUGUCCGGUUAACCUGGGGAGCGGCACAAGACCAGACUUUGAAUAACAUUUUCAAUGUAAAAUUCAACCAGAAAGCGAUUGAUUUCAAGUAUUCAUUGUUCACCCCGCGAUUCGUAAACGAGGAGACCGUGAUAUUCUUCUUCUCCUACGAUGCGACCCCGGAAAUCUACAACAUCUUUAAUGCAGAUAUAUAUUACCCGGCAAAAUUGCGCGUUGGGUCGGCGCAUAUAUUCUACACGAGUCUCAUAAACGUUAAUGGAACCAUCAAUGCAACCACGCCGAUAACAAAUUUCACAUACGUAGGAUGCAACUUCGAGGUGCUCACUACUUUGAAGCAAAACAAGCGAUUCGUCGAGCUCUUCUGGCCGAACAACACUGCGAUUUUAAGCUCGGACUAUAGUUACCACAGCGAGAAAUUGGACUCCUCUCUGGAGGGCCAUUUGCUCAUAGAGAUUCCCUUAAACACCCGGCAUGUAGGCCACUUGACGUACGGCUACAAGAAACGGCCUCAGGUGACGAACGGCUACGCCGAGUUGACGUACAACAAGCAAAAAGUUCUUCAUGGACAAUACAACUCAAAGAGCGAAUCAAGAGCCGGCUUUGAGAAGGACCGUAUCCAGAUCACGGUGGAGAACGCCUAUAAGCCAAUCGGUAUAAUAUACAUUAACCAGUACGAGUACAGUGGAGGUAACGAGGGUACAAAUUAUCCCACCGUGGAGUUCAAGCAGGUGAACGUCUAUCGGUUAGAUAAUAGUUCAGCGUUUAAUGUCGCUGGCGAGUCAAGGAUCAAGACAACUCACACGGGUCAAGAUAUACAUCUGAAAGCAGUACACUCAAACAGGACCGUCCAAUUCAAGACCGACUACCAGAUCUUGCCUGGCGAAUUCGACCAGCACACCUGGCUGAGUCUGGCCGACGAUGCCUGGGCCGCAUACCAUAUUAAUAUUCUGAAUAAGACCACGGAAGACGUGGAGAACCAGUUCCUAGUGGUCAGCUUUGCGUACCCGCGAAGGAACUUCACUCUGGAUGCAUCCUACGAGAUAACGGCCGCAAAAAUCAGCUCCGAGGCAAGGCUGGAUUGGGAUAAGGACAAGGAAAGGCCGAGGACCCUGGGCACCUCUUUCGUUUGGAAAAAUGUCACAUUACCUAGAGGUGUCAAUCAACAGCAGGCGAUUCUCAGUCUGAAGCACCCGAGCUUCAGUAAAGAUGUUACCGUUACUGGCCAGAUAAUUAAGGGAGACGUCAGAGACUGGUUGAAUGCCCACCUCAUCAUCGAUUAUUCUCUAAACAGGGAGAAACUGCUGUUAUUGUCCGCGAUCCUGAAGGAUGAAAGUAAUCUCCCUGUUGAGAGGAAGUACUCUUAUGUGAUAUCUGGAAAGCAUCCCAGUACUCAACUGAACCUGGAGAUUCAGGGAUCACUUAGAAAGUACUCGAACUACCUUAUGGAGACCUACAAUAAUGCGACUUACAAACGUAGUUUCCUGCCCGUGGAGAGUGGCUUACUGAACGCUAGACUGGACAUUUCCUUGAACGAAGUCGAGCUGCACAGAAGAAACAACGACGUCAUUAAAUAUUUUAGGAGCCGGUAUUAUUUGAUGCACCCUGAGUAUGUCGUCAACGGGUCUUUUAUCAGGACUCCUGAUAUAAAUGCCACGGGAGCGUUGUACCUAAAUGUCCGCGAGAAGCUCACCUGGAUGAUGGUUAAUUAUACACCUGAUGCGGUGGAGAGCUUGCGAAUGUAUGGAAACAUUCCUGAUGCGAGAAAUGCAAUUUUCAACAUCUGGAGGACCUAUGAUCAGGAUCUCACCAUAUCGGACGUUUCUUUUUACUUGAAGCUUAAUCAUUCUCGGCUUGUCACGUCUACACUUCGCUGGAGACCGGAACUGAAGAGUGAUAUAACGAACGCUAUUAAAUCGUCGCUGUACGAAAUGUACGAGGAAACGGGAAAAGACGCGGACCACUGGAGGCAGUACGUGAAAAGUGAGACCCUGAGCGCAAUAUCUGGCGUAUGGGAAGAUGCUGAAGAAGACAUGAGAGAAUUCCUAGACGACUGGAACGACUUGAAGGAGCUCGAGACGGACUUGGAGGACUUGAAGAUAUAUCUGAACAAUUCGUACAACUCUAACGAUUUCUACGUGAAGGACAUCGUGGGUUUAGGCUUGUACGUGAUAGACGAGCUCUCUUUGCGCAGUCACAUUCAAUCCCUGCCAAACAUCCUAAACGAAAUUUGGGAAAUAAUGGGCGAAUCCGGCGAAGCCAUUCGCAAUUCUCUGCUGUGGAUCAUCGAGACGAUCAAGAGCGGAUACAAUAAAAUUCUGGAGAUCGUCGGUGCCGUGCUGAAGGGCGACUCGGUGACGCAAAUCGCGAACAUAAUCGAGAAGCUCAUAGAGAAGUACGACAUGUUCGUGAAGGACCUUCACGUGUCGUUCAUAAAAUACAUAGAGAAUCUGUGGAACAACGUGGUCGUCUCGAUAUCGCAACAGUGGAACAAAUUCUUGAAACUGGUCGAGCCCACGUUCAUCCAGAUCGUGCAUUACAUCGAGGCGGUGAUAUGGAAGGCCAGCAAAGAAGUCGUCGACUUCUUGUACGACCGGCGCAAUGAAAUCAUAGCUUCGCCCUACUUCGACCGCUUCACGAACUUCACCCAGGACAUCGACAGGUUCUACCGUGACGUCAAAGCCAACGACAUCAUCACGAAUUUCCAGAAAUACUUCGGCAUUGUCGUCCAGUUCUUCCAGGAGCGAUACUUUACGAUCGUGCCAUUCGGCAAGGAACUCAAGGAUGUCGUCGACGAGAUACUGUCGGAGCUGAAGGAGCUGAAAAAGUUGCCCUCGGUCAAGUACGCCCUGGACAAGAUACAGCAGCUUUAUGAAAAGGCCGAGUACCUCUAUGAGUACUUUGAUGUCAAGGCCAAGGUCGAAAGUACCGUACGCCUGGUCCACUCCAAGCUGAUAGACAUCAGUCAGACCGCUCUACAGGCCGAAAGUCGAUACAGGGAAGCGAAGACUAAAUUUAUUUUCGAUCCUCACCAGGGUUUGAUGUGCCUUGAACAGAAGCUGCCCAUGUCUUGGCAUGCCUUCAACCAGACUCCGCAAUUCCAGGAGAUCCCCGAGUACAGAGCCAUCGCUGACAUGGGAUCGUACUUCGUCACUUCCAAUACCACGUUCUGGGCGAUCUAUUAUCGAUACAAGCCUUACACCGAGCCAUCCAAUUGGCUGCCUCCUUUCAAGGCUCAAGCGCUUAUUGCUGGUGCGCAGCAUUACGUGACGUUUGACGGUGAUCAUUAUGAAUUUUCUGGAUCGUGUACAUAUUUGCUGGCUCGAGACUUUGUACGGGACCAAUUCGCUGUUCUGAUCCAGUACGACCAAGGCGAUCGUGGCACGGGAAAGUCUCACCGAGUUAUAGUCCUGAUGGGCAAACAGGCAAUCGAGUUGGAUGUCUUCAAGGAUACCGUACGACUCAUGGACUCCGGGACCACAUUGCGACUUCCGGUGGAACUGGAAAACGGAACCGCUUUCGUUUACCAGGACGAGCACGUAGUGACUGUGGAGCGCAAGGACAAGCAGUUUAAAUUGGAGUGCAACUUGAAAUUCGAUCUAUGCAGUUUGGAGCUCUCGGGCUGGUAUUACGGAAAGACAGCGGGUCUUCUGGGCACAAUGGACAACGAAGAAGCUGACGAUCGUCUGGCCUCGAGUGGCAGGGUAAUCAGUGACCUAGGACAAUUCGCUCAGAGUUGGUCUCUCGAUGGAGAACAUUGCAAGAGCCACGAGAACUUCGCCGUGAUCGGGGAGAAUUCUGCUGAGCAGUUUUGCGAAGACCUGUUUGUCAAUAAGAGCUCAGAAUUCAGCUCGUGCUUUAAUGUGGUCAGUCCCGACGAUUACGAAGACAUGUGCCUGAACAGUGGAAACGGAUCAGAAGUGUGUACUGUUGCAAUGGCUUAUAUGCAGACUUGCAUGUUUUACAACAUUUAUCUGAGAAUACCAGAUAGGUGCACCACGUGUACCAUGAUAAACGGCUCGAGAGUACCUGAAGGAGAAUUCCGAAAACUGGAGGGUCCAUCCGUUCCUAAAUCAACGGACGUUGUCUUUAUCGUGGAAGCUAAGGAAUGCAAUCGAGCCAUCAAUGAGAAUCGUAGUAUGGAAUACUUGGUGACGCAGAUGAGCAAGGAAUUCAACGAGCAGGAGUUAACGGAGAAUCGCUGGUCCCUCGUCACUUUUGGGGGCGAUGGCGUGUACAACGAACCUAGGAGCACCAUCCUUGACAAUCAAAUUUUUACUAAAAAUGUAGGACACUUUGUGAAGUACUUCGAGGAUAUUCCUGUCGGCAAUGGCAAUCAGGAUAUAUUCGCUGCGAUCGGAUUCGCCUCGAAGCUUGUCUUCAGGGCCGGCGUAUCCAAGACCUUUGUCCUGAUCCCAUGUUCUCAUUGCGAGCCGCAGAAUCAAACCCUGGAUUAUUCCGUACUGCAUCAAGUGUUACUUGAACGAGACAUUACGCUGCACAUUUUUAUGGAUGGAGACUUCCAAUUCGAGAAGGAGAGGCUCAACAAGAUUUUCUUUGGACUGGAUGCCAGGAAAUCGUACACCAAGAAGGAUGCAAGAGCUUUAGUCGGGGACACCGACUUGAGAAGACAAGUGAAAUUGUCCAAGCACAUUCUAGGAUACUGUACGCCGCUCUCUUUGGAGACUAAUGGUACAAUAUUCAGUGGGAAUAAGCUGCGUUUCGACAAGCUACCGUCCAUCAAGAAAUUUGUCAGCGUAUUUGCCAAAAGGGUGGCAUUGACAGCGUUCCCUAGCACUUGUCAGCAUUGCGAAUGCACGGCAGAUAAUAACGGCAUAACGCAAAUGGAGUGUAUGCCAUGCAUUUAUCCAACACCUGUUACAGUGGAUUAUGUCAGCGAAACGUUCAACGAGGACGCGGCUCUCUCAGAACUUCAGAUGUUGAACUUAGAUUACGGCCAAAUGGACAUGGAGGAAGAUUGAAGACAGUAAGAUGCGACUUUAAAGACACUGUACGAAUGCCCUAUUUAUUCAAGAUGUUAAACUGUAAAAAGUGAAUUAAUAGAUCUACCCUUACCUUCGGUGAGGAUAAAUAUCGCGAAUUAAUGACGUAUAUUAAUUUGGUAUAACGAACGAUGAUCGGAUUCAGCUUAGAAUCGAGAAAGCGCUUUGUUCGAACGAAGUCUGCAAAAGAAAGUCACUAUCUUACCAAAAUGUAUUUUAUUAAUAUGCGUUGAUAAUGGAAAUAUAACAAUAUGAAGUUCGACAGAUGGA